AUGGCACUGGAUAUGGACAUCGACGAAUUAUUGGUCAUUAGAGAUUCCGACCUGCUGAUUUAUCAAGUACAAGGCGAAUGGGCCACCAAGAAUGAAAAGAUCUUACCAAAUGUGAACUUGGCACAAAGAUUUUGCAAGAAAUUCAGAAAGAUCGAAUUUCGACAUACGCCAAGGGCCCAAAAUGAAUUUACUGAUGCACUGGCCAUAAUAGCAUCAAUGAGCAAGCAUCCUGAAAGCAGUCUUAUCGACCCGCUAAGGAUAAGUCUGAAAGAAGAGCAUGCCCACUUUUGCCAUGUGGAAGCUGAGCUAGAUGGCGAGCCAUGGUACAUCGACAUUAAGAUGUAUCUAGAAAGACGGGAAUAUCCCAAAAACAUCACAAGUGGACAAAAGAAGACCAUCCGAAGAAUGGCAAAUGGCUUCUUCCUAAACAAAGAAGUGUUAUACAAAUGGACAUCGGAUCUGGGUCGACUUAUAUGUGUAGAUACCGAUGAAGCCACCAAACUUCUGGAAGAAGCACAUGUUGGGACAUGUGUGUCCCAUAUGAAUGGAUUUGUACUAGUAAAAAGAGAUUCUACCGGCAAGUUACUAUUGGAUGACCAUGGAAAGCGAUUGCUGCAAAUAUGUCCAUCAAUGCCAAAUCCACGGUGA